AAACAACAAUAUUUAUAUAUAUAUAUAUACAGAAUCGAAAGCCAUAUAUGGAGUUUAUGGAGCAAACUGUAUUGCCUCCUGGUUUCAAUCUAUUUCCAACACCGGGGGGAAUUCACUCAGUUGUUGAAUAUAUCAAGGCACUUGUUAGACCAGACCCAAUAAAUGCGCCCGAUGGAGCAUCAAGCGCUGUGUUACACAAUGAGCUUCACUAUACUUUUCGAGUAGAAAAAAAACCAAUAAACGAAAUUAUUGCAAUCACUGCAAUCUAA